AUUCGUACUGCAGUGCCUAAAGUGAACGGACGUCCACAAAUAACUGUAACCAAAUCAAUUCAAUCAAUAAAAGAAAUUCUGCCUGAUAAUUUUUUGUGGCAAUUAAAUUCAAUAAAGUGGGCAUUUGAAAGAGUGCAUUUUAUCUAAUUGAAGUAAAAAUUGGAAUUAUUACUGUGGAGUGAAUUGAAAUAAGCGAAAUAAGAAUUGAUGGUGUGGUGUUUUAAUAAAAUCCGGAUAUUCAGUACGUGAUUAGAAUGAAACGAGUGCCUCUUGGAAAUUUUAUGUGCUGGAGAGACGGACUUUUUAUCUAAUAUUCCCACAAAUUCUCUUCUAAAUAUUUCAAAAUGGCUACAACCAUUUAUCCGGAAUAUGCUACAAUUUUUGCUGCUGUUUGUGCGAGCAUAUUCACAGUCAUUGGUAUCCUGGGAAAUCUCAUCACAAUAUUGGCUCUUUUGCGAUGUCCUAAGCUACGGAGUCAUGCUACUACGGCCUUUGUGCUUUCUCUUUGUAUCUCAGAUCUACUUUUCUGCUCAAUGAGCCUUCCUCUUCAAGCCAUACGCUACACAUGGCAAAAAUGGACCCUUGGAGAAACUCUGUGCCACGUAUUCCCAGUAAUUUUGUACGGAAAUGUCGCAGUAUCCCUACUCAGCAUGGUGGGAAUCACCAUGAAUCGAUACAUCCUUAUUGCCUACAAUUCGGUGUAUGCAUCAAUUUAUCGAUCAGUAUAUAUCUGGAUUCAGCUUUUUCUAGUGUGGGUUGUAGCCUUUUCCCUACUGAUUCCACCUCUUUUGGGUGUAUGGGGUCAAAUGGGACUCGAUGAACUCACCUUUUCGUGCACAAUCCUUCCCGAUGAUGCUGGGCGUUCUCCGAAAAAGGUGCUUUUUCUCGUUGGAUUCCUCAUUCCCUGCAUCGUCAUCAUUAUUUCAUACACAUGCAUCUACUGUACGGUACGACGGCAAAGGAUGCGUAUGAGGAGCCAUAGUGGGCUCCAGGGAAUACCCAAAGGGUCCAAUAGUAGUCGUGAACGUGAGGAUUCUCGACUUACUACAAUGAUGUUAACCAUAUUCUGCUGCUACCUACUCUGCUUCCUUCCACUAAUGCUGGUUAAUGUGUUCGACAAUGAUGUUGAGUAUCCAGUGGCACAUGUCCUGGCAUCCGUAAUGUGCUGGGCAUCCGGUGUAAUAAAUCCAUUUAUUUAUGCUGCAAGCAAUCGAAAUUACCGCGUGGCAUACACAAAAUUGUUCAGAAGACUAAUAUUCUGGAAUAACUACGUGAGCCCAGUGCCAAGUAAAAGCAUGGCACCCAGCAGAAUUUCAAAAGAUCCUUCGGUGCAAAUUCAAAAGGAUGCAGCACAAGAAGAUGCUAAUUGCGAAAUUGAUAUUGAAGCUAAUAAAAAUAAAGACACAAUUAUUCAACUAUAAAUAUUCAUAAAAUAGUUUUAAAUAUUACAAAGGACAUCCGACUGAUCACUACCGAUAGCCAAUAUAUUAGAUGUAUAAUGUAUUAUAGUAGCUCUCUAGUAGUUUAAUUGAACCCUUAAAUGAAACAAUAAGAUUAAAUCAUACAAAGGGUAUAAUUUAUACAUCAAAUCAUAAAUCAUUCCUCAUAAUGAAUUUUUUUUGAUUUAUCUAACUUUUCCAUGAAAUCUUGAAGUCAUAAUGCAAAUUAUUAUUGCAGUAUAGAGUGUAUAAAGAAAUAUUCUUAAGAAGUAAAACGUAUUCUGUAUAAUAUUUAUUUGAUGGACUAAAUAAAUUAAUAGGAUAAAAAA